AUGGCUCAUUCAAAUGCUCAGAGAUGCAUGUGCUCGUGUGGCUGUGAUUGUAAGGAAAAGCUGACACAGUACCUUGCCAACUUUGACAGAUGGCUUGCGAGGAAGAUUUUCGGGUUGAGAAAGUCAGAAAGAGGAAAGAAUCAAGACGGAAAGAAUGAUGAUCACUCGGAAGGCUCAGACGGGGGAUCCGACGAUAGUGGUAGGGAAAAUGAGGAAGACUCCGACGACGCCAUUGAUAAUGCAUUGGAUAGCAUCAGCGAUUUGAGUUCCGACGGAGCAGACUCGGAUUCAUCAGGAUCUGCGAACUCAAAUCAACUGAAAAUAUUUUUGGAUUCUUCUGAAGAGGAACGACUGUCGCAUGAAUUAGGGGACUUUUAUGAGGAAGCCUAUCUAAGAGAUGACGACCUCGAAGAAGAGUUACAGUUCGAUAUGGCGAUGAUAGAAGAUGAAGAAGCAGUUAUUUACAAUGGAUACUGCUGA